AUGGGUCACCGCCUCAGCAAAUUGAAACGAAAGGAUCAACCACAAUGUCGAUUCUGCUCCUCCACGCCUCCACCAUCAUACAAAGAAACCGAAAAACACGAAAAGACCCCACUCGAACAAAACGAAAAGACCCUAGUCGAACGAACCGAAAAGCCUUCCGUCGAUCAAAUCGAAUAUCCGACCGAUUUCGUCUUUACGUUGGAAUCAGACGUAGAUCGUCUUUUCGACUUGGGAAUGCCCAAAAUCCAGCGUGCUGCCGCCGAUCUCGAAUCCGCUCGCCGUAUACUCGUUGCUAUACACCACAAAGAUGUCAGAGCUCUGUAUGAUGCGUUCGCAGAUGCAUCUUUUGUUCAAGACUUGAAAAGCAUUAGUGGUUGUAGGGUUGGUUUCCUCCCGGUAGAUUCCAGUGACAAUCUCGAGCUCAGCGUCCAACUCGAAUAUUCGGACGAGUAUUGCAAACAGCUAGUCUUGACGCGAAAUUGGCCGGAUAAAGUCAGUAAACUUGAUGAAAGCGACUCGGAGGAACCUGGUAGUCCAUGCGCUUCGCGGUCUACUUGUUGUGUUUCAUAG